AUGGUGCCUAGAUGUGCGAAACCGAAUCAAAGCAUGCAAGAACAACAUGUAGAGGCAGCAACAAACGAUCGUCAAACUUUGGUGAACAAAAUAAAUUUAUUAAAAGAGAAAAUUCAAGAGGAGCGAAUUAGAUCAAUUAAAGAUAAACUUAAGAGGAAUGGGAAGAAUCUUAAAUGUGCACUUUCCUCGAUCAUGACAAUAGUGUUGAGAAAUGAUUCAUUUCAAAUUGAGGAAACUACUUUUCAAAUGCUUUCUUCAAGAGUUGACCAUCCUUUGUAUAAGUUAAGUGGUUUUCCUAAAGGUUUAAGAAAGAAUGAUCACAUUAACAAUGAAGACCUAUCAUUUGAAAAAAGUAUCAAGUUACCAUACAUCGAAAGGGUACCCCCAUAUACAUUUUGGUUACAUUUGGUCAGAAAUGAGAGAAUGACCAAAGAUCAAUCAUUUGCGGCAAGAAGAAACAUAUACUAUGAACAACGUGGAGGUGAAGCACUUGUAUGUAGUGACACCGAUGAAGAGUUAAAAGAGAAUAGAGAAGUUAAACACGACUUUUCUCAUGGUGAAGACCAAAUUAUAUGGAUGGCAUUUGAGGAACACAAUUUGACAAAGGAGGUGCUAAGUAUUGUUCAAAGCUAUAUUGGGGGUACCAAUUCAGAGAUUGAGGAGAGAUACAAAUAUCUCAAGGAAAAGGACCAACAUUCUAAAGAAAGUAUAGAAGAUGGAUAUAUUAAUAUUGACAUAUGUUUGGAAAAAAGUUUGAGUGCUGCUUUAAAUACUUUUGAUCAUCUUUUAUGUCGUCGUUGCUUGAUUUUUGAUUGUCCUUUGCACGGAUGUUCUCAACCGUUAGUUUAUCCCAGUGAAAAACAACAAAUUUGGAAUGAGCCAGAAGGUGACAGGAAACCAUGCAGUGAUCAUUGUUACCUUCAGUUAAUGGAUGCUAAUCUUUGUUCAAAAAAUUCAACUCAAGAAAAUAUAGAUGAGAUAUUGACACUCUCCAAUACAGAGGAGUGUGGUAAUCAAAGUAAAGCUAUAUUGGAGAAAGAAACAUGCAAUUAUGGGACAAAACCUAGUACAGCAGAAGUUAAUUGUCUUUUAGAUCUGAAUUUAGAUGUUGAUGUAUCAGAAAGUGAGGGAAAAGAAAAGGAAGUCCCAUAUGAAAUUGAAACGAAGCAAUUAUCCAACUCAAUGGAAAAGCUAUUUAAUGAUAUGCAUAGUAACUCAAAUUGGAAACCUUUGGAGAAAGAUUUAUAUUUAAAGGGAAUAGAAAUGUUUGGGAGAAACAGUUGCCUUAUAUUUCGGAACUUACUUUCUGGCUUCAAGACUUGCAUGGAAAUAGCUAGCUACAUGUAUGCUGAAGGGUCAAUGCCCUAUGGAUCCAUGGACGAAAAUGGAAAGUUUGAUACAAAGGGCACUGACCAUGAGAUGCCAUCAAAUUCAAGGUCAUUUAGGAGAAAAGGAAAAAGUAAGAAAUUAAAAUAUUGUACAAAGUCACCAGGCCUGCCAUCAAUGUGGAGAAGAAUUAGUGAAGGGAAAGAUGAACCCUAUAAGCAUUAUACACCAUGUGGAUGUGAAGGAAUGUGUGGGAAACAAUGUCCUUGUCUUCUUAAAGGAUCUUGCUGUGAAAAGUAUUGUGGGUGUGGCAAGCAAUGCAGAAAUCGGUUUAGAGGAUGUCACUGUGUUAAAAGUCAAUGUAGAAGUCGUCAAUGUCCAUGUUUUGCAGCAGCACGAGAAUGUGACCCUGAUGUUUGUCGAAGUUGUUGGAUUAGUUGUGGCGAUGGUUCAUUAGGGGAGCCACCUCAUCGUGGAGAUGGUCUAUGUGAAAAUAUGAAGCUUCUUCUAAGGAAAAAACAGAGGAUUCUUUUGGCAAAGUCCAAUGUUGCUGGAUGGGGAGCCUUCUUAAAGAACCCUGCCAACAAAAAUGAUUUUCUAGGCGAGUACACAGGUGAAGUAAUCUCUUAUACAGAAGCAGAGAAACGUAGUAAAUUAUAUGAACGUGCAGACUUCUCUUUCCUUUUUGACUUGGAUGACCAGUGUGUUCUUGAUGCAUAUCGCAAAGGAGACAAGUUAAAAUUUGCAAACCACUCAUCAAAACCCAACUGUUAUGCAAGGAUUAUGCAUGUUGGUGGAGACUAUAGAGUAGGGAUAUUUGCGAAGGAACGCAUUGAAGCUGGUGAGGAACUUUUCUAUGAUUACCACUUUAAGGAUAAUCAUAGACCACCUGCAUGGUUUCUUAAACUUUCAUCCAAUAAUAAUAAUAAUAAUAAUAAUAAUACUUCCAAGAGAAAAGAAUCUACAGAUUCUCUUGGCAAGCCAAAGAAACGCGACUCUCGUUGACCAUGGACUAUAUAAUUCACUACUAUACUUGUCUUGAGGAUUUAAAUUAUUGAUACUAACAUCAUCUCCAAAAUACAAUAAAAAAAACAUAUAGUGUUGGAGUUUAUAUAAUGAUGAUGUUGAUGACAUAUUUAUCAUUUUAUUUUAUGUUCUUGAUGAUAACUUUGGCAAUUUUAAUUUAAUGAAUGGGAUGAUUUUGACCAUUUCUAAUGGCAAGAUGUUUGAGUACCUUGUUUUCCAUUGAAAAUUUGUAUCUUAUCAUUUUUGUUGGCUUCCAAUUAGAUUGGUUAAUGAGUUAAGAAGGAAUAAAUGAAAAAGUUUUAAGGAUAAUGUUAAAGCAUGAGAUUUGAGAUGUUCACCCACAAUAUUUUGUGAUCUUUUGUUUUAUUUUGCUGUCCAAGUUACCUCUAUAUGAAGUAUGGUGACCCAUACUUGUUGGAGUGUUUUAAGACUUU